AGUGGAGCUUUGGAAUCUGGAUCUGGUGGUGGAAAGGAUAAAAUCAAGAAACCUGGACAAUAUGACAUCAUUGGCCUUGAUACAACUAAACAAUUUUUGUUAUACAUUGCAACAGGAGGUGAAAUUGAGAAAGAUACUCGAAUUCAGAAGACCAUUCCACGCACAAUUGGCCAGAUGGAAAUUAGAUCUGACCGUAUGGAUGCUCAUAUGUAUGCAUUCAAAAGAUCUGUUUUACAAGGAGUUCUUGAUCAAAAGGAUACAUUUCAAAGCUUAAAACAGGAUGUACUCCCAUAUCUUGUUUGGAGCCAGCUGAAAUUAGAGGCUUUACCAAAAUAUACACCACUUACGGAAGAAAAUGGAAACCAGAAGAUCAGUACCCUGAAUAACCAAGCAACCCUGUCUCGGAUACUUGCUAAUGCAUCUACCCCAAGCUUUUAUGAACUCUAUGAAUUGGGUCCUAAUGGUUCUGCUCCUGUUUGGAAAACAAAUAAAUGUUGUGCUUAUAUUGCCAGCUAUAGCAAGUACUAUGUGCGACUAAAUUCUGUUCAAGCAUUCGUGGACAUCAAUUGAGAUGUCAUUGGUGGGGCAAAUCAUCUGUCAGGGCAUUCCUUCUCUGCCCAUAAUAACAUCAUACAUCCUUCAGUAGAGCUUGGAUCAAAAACUACUGUUGCACCACACUGUACGCUGGGAGAAGGUUCACAAAUGGGUGAUAAAUGCAGCGUGAAAAGAUCUGUAAUUGGGCGUCACUGCCGGCUAGGUUCCAAUGUAAAGGUAAAAUUAUUUGUCAAUAAAAUAUGGUAGUAAAUAGUUUUGGAAAAGUGAUUCUGAUGCCAUCUGUAUGGUGUAUAAAUGAGGCUAAUAUCAGCUUUUUUUCAUUUGCGAAAGUUUGUAACGUGGAACCAAACUAGCGAGCAUUAGCUAAAGUGGAAACCUCUAGUUUAAGAAGAGAAAGCUCCUGUACUCUCCCUUUCCUCCACUACUGCAUGUUACGUUAAUUUUCUUCUAGUCUCAUAAUUUAAUAUAUGAUUGAUAUUAUU